UUAUAAUGGGGACACAGAGGGAUAUCUGAUCUACCUCUGUUCUUCCCAAGUCCUCAUUAUCGCAGGCAUUUCAUAGCUGAAAUAUCUGCUCGCAUCUCCACUGUAUUGCAGGCUGACACUCGCAGAAUAAAACUGUGUUUUCGCAUACUGAGCUUCAUGUCAAGGGGAAAUGGGGAACAAGCAGACCAUUUUCACUCCACAGCAACUGGACGCGUAUCAGGACUGUACGUUCUUCACCAGAAAAGAAAUUCUAAGGCUCUUUCAUAGGUAUCGCGAUUUGGCCCCACAGCUCGUCCCGCUCGACUACACCACCCAGCCAGAUGUGCGCCUGCCCUAUGAGCUGAUUGGCAGCAUGCCAGAGCUGAAGGAUAACCCGUUCAGGCAGAGAAUCGCAGAAGUCUUUUCAGAGGACGGAGAAGGAAACAUGACUCUAGAUGAUUUCUUGGAUAUGUUCUCAGUGCUGAGCGAAAUGGCACCAAAGGAUCUAAAGGCCUACUAUGCAUUCAAAAUCUAUGACUUUAACAACGACGACUUCAUUUGCAAAUCAGACCUGGAGCAGACCUUGAACAAGCUUACGCGGAAUGAGCUGACCGAGGAUGAAGUGAGGAUGGUGUGUGAAAAAGUCCUUGACGAAGCUGAUAUGGACAACGAUGGCCGUCUGUCACUGGAGGAUUUCCAGCACAUGAUCGUGAGAGCACCAGACUUCCUCAGCACAUUCCAUAUCAGAAUAUAAGACAAGUCUCUGAGGACCAAAUGGAUUAAAGGACAAAGCUCUUCUUUGAACAAACGGAAUGUAGACACCACAGGAAAUCGAAGAUGAGAAGGAGGAAAUACACCACCUGGCCUUGGAAAAGUUUACAGCACCCUUCUUCUGAGAACAAUGAAUCAACAGUGAAAUGCAUCAAACCAAGAUGUUGCACUUCCUCGAUCUACACUUCGUGUUUUAG